ACCAGCAGCUAGUACAGACAAGUUCACCUCUGUUCCUUACCUGUUCCUCAUACCCACUGCUUCUGUGCUGAAGAGCUUCCCUGGGGGAACCUGAGGGACUCUUUCUGGAGCCAUGAGGGGAGCCCAGUGGAGGAGGGUCCCCUGGGUGUUCCUGAGCUGUUUAUGUUCCCAUCUCCUUUGGCCAAUGGUCCUGGCAUCUUCCACGAAUGGACAGGCUCAGACAACACAGACCACUGGAAUACCUCAAACCAGCAUCAUGAACGAGACCAUGAGAGACUCUCAAACCAGCAAUAACUUGGCUAUGAGCAAACCAAACACUUCAUCACACCUAAGUACACAAACUCUUAGACAACACAAUUCCCAGGACACAGCCACCUAUGGCAAAACAGUAACUUCAUCUGCUUCCACUGUCAGCAACAAAUCUUCCAUGAUGUCAGAUAUGUCCAAGUCACUGAACUCCACAGAGAACAUUUCAGUCUUUUCUAGUGCAAGCAAAACACAUGUCAUGACAACAGAGUUCCGCCAAACACCAAUCUCCACAGACACCACUGUGGGAAACACACAACACACAUCAUACCCUGAAACAGCAAGUUUCACUUCAGUCACCUCAACACUCUCAGAGUCAACUGGACUAGAGGAACAGUCCAUGGCACCCUCUUCCAUCACUUCUGCUUCAGAGACAACAGCGUCUUCUCAAAGUCACAAGAACCAGACCAUGGACACCAUCAGGGAAUCUCAAACCAGCACUAUCUCAGCAGUGAUCACAUCAACUCCUUCAUCGUCCCUAAGUGGACACACCCUUACAGAGGGCAUCUCACAGGAGACUCCCACCUCUGGGGAAGCAAGGACUUCAUCUCAUUCCAGCAUCAGCCACAAACCUUCUGCAACCUCAGAAAUGCCCCCGUCAACAUCCUCCACAGGUGACACUUCAGCCUCUUCCCAUGCAAGCAACAGACAUCAAAUGACAUCAGAGUUCCCCCAAAUGCCUGUUUCCACAGACACCACUGAAGGAAACACAAAACACAUAUCACACCCUGAAACUGGAAGUUUGACCCCAGUCACCUCGAUACGCUCAGUGUCAACUGGACGAAGAGAACACUCCACGGCACGCUCUUCCAUCACUUCUGCUUCAGAGACAACCGCAUCUUCUCAAAGCCACAGGACACAGACCAAGGACACCACCAGAGAAUCUCAAAGCAGCACGAGAUUGACAGUGAUCACAACAACCCCUUCAUCCUCCCUAAAUGGACACACCCUUACAGAGAGCACCUCACAGGAGCCAUCCACCUCUGGGGAAGCAAGGACUUCAUCUCCUUCCAGCAUCAGCCACAAACCUUCCACAGUGUCAGAAAUGCCCAUGUCAACAACGUCUACAGAUGACACUUCAGCCUCCUCCAGUACAAGCAACAGACAUCAAAUGACAUCAGAGUUCCACCAAACACCAAUCUCCACAGACACCACUGUAGGAAACACAAAACACACAUCAUACCCUGAAACAGGAAGUUUUACUCCAGUCACCUCAACACUCUCAAGGACAACUGGAGUAGACGAACAGUCCACGGCACCCUCUUCCAUGACUUCUGCUUCAGAGACAACAGCGUCUUCUCAAAGCCAUGGAACUCAGACCAUGGACACCAUCAGGGAAUCUCAAACCAGCACUAUCUCAGCAGUGAUCACAUCAACUCCUUCAUCGUCCCUAAGUGGACACAUCCUUACAGAGGGCAUCUCACAGGAGACUUCCACCUCUGGGGAAGCGCGCUCUUCAUCUCCUUCUGGUGUCAGCCACAAACCUUCCACAGUGUCAGAAAUGCCCACGUCAACAAACUCCAGAGAUGACACUUCAGCCUCUUCCCCUGCAAGCAACUCACAUGCAGUGACAUCAGAGGGUUCCAUAACACCAGUAUCAACAGUCACCACUGGAGGAAACACAAAACACACAUCACACUCUGAAACAGCAAGUUUUACCCCAGUCACCUCAACACUGUCAAUGUCAACUGGACUAAGAGAACACUCCAUGGCACGCUCUUCAGUCACUUCUGCUUCAGAGACAACUGCGUCUUCUCAAAGUCACAGGACUCAGACCAUGGACACCAUCAGGGAAUCUGAAACCAGCACCAUCUCAGCAGUGAUCACAUCAACUCCUUCAUCGUCCCUAAAUGACACUUCAGCCUCCUCCAGUACAAGCAACAGACAUCAAAUGAUAUCAGAGUUCCACCAAACACCAACCUCCACAGACACCACCGUAGGAAACACAAAAUACGCAUCAUACCCUGAAACAGCAAGUUUUACUGCAGUCACCUCAACACUCUCAGUGUCAUCUGGACUAGAGGAACAGUCCACGGCACCCUGUUCCAUUACUUCUACCCCAGAGACAUCAGCAUCUUCUCAAAGUUACAGGACUCAAACCAUGGAGACCUUCAGGGAAUCUCAAACCAGCACUAUCUCAGCAGUGAUCACAUCCACUCUUUCACUGUCCCUAAGUGGACACACCCUUACAGAAAGCAUCUCACAGGAGACAUCCACCCCUGAGAAUGCAAGCACUUCAUCUCCUUCCAGCGUCAGCCAGAAACCUUCGGCAACCUCAGAAAUGCCCCUGUCAACAUCCUCCACAGAUGACACUUCAGCCUCUUCCCAUGCAAGCAACUCACAUGCAGUGACAUCAGAGGUUUCCAUAACACCAGCAUCAACAGACACCACUGUAGGAUACACAAAAUAUACAACACACCCUGAAAUAGGAAGUUUUACUCCAGUCACCUCAACACUCUCAAGGACAAAUGGAGUAGAUGGACACACAACAGCCUCCUCUUCCAUUACUUCUACUGCAGAGAUGACAGCAUUUUCUCAUGACUACAGGAGUCAGAGCAUGGAGACCAGCAGAGAAUCUCAAACCGACACUACGUCAGUCUUCAUCACCUCAACUCCUUCAUCUUCCCUAAAUGGACACACUCUUACAGAGAUCGUCCCACAGGAGAUAUCCACCUCUAGGAAAGCAAGCACCCUAUCCUCUUCUAGUGUCAGCAUUGCACCUCUAACAACAUCAGUUUUAUUGACAGUACCAACCUCAACAGAUACCACUGUAGGUAAUGGAAAGGACACAUCAACUCCUAUUACUAGAACUGUUAUUCCAGUCCCUUCAACAGUACCCAUGAAAAGUGGACUAGAAGUACAAUCAAUUGCAAUCUUUUCCAGCACAUCUACUCCAGGAACAUCAGCAUCUACCCAGAAUUACCAGACUCCAAGCAUAGAGACCACCAGAGAAUCUGAAUUCAGUGAAAUUACAUCAGCAACCACAUCAGCUCUUUUAUCUUUACCCAGUGGACAUACUCUUUCAGGGAGAAUUCCUCCGGCAAUAUCUCCUUCAGGUGAAGCAAUCACUUCACCUACUUCCAGUGACAGUAAAACACCUUUGACGACAUCAGAGACAUUGACAGCCUCAACUUCAAUAGACACUACUGUAGAAAAUACAGGAGAUACAUCCCUACCUGUAACUAGUAGUUUUCCUCCAUUCAUUCCUAAUGUUUCUACAACAUGGCAGUCAGCAAUACAACCAACACCACUGUCUAUCAGUACUCCAGCUCCAAAAACAUCUACAGUUUUCCAUACCCACCCAGACACAGAGACAGCAGGAUGGCCUCAUUCCAACAGUUCAAUGUCAUUCAUUCCAGAUAAAACAACAUUCACUUCCUCAUCCUUCAGUGAUAGCAGUCACACAACUCAGUCACAAAAAGAACUGUUUCCAACACCAAUGGUUUCCACUAUACUGGUUACAGAAAGUUCAUCUUCUUCAAUAGCUAGCAGUAUUUCUGGGGUUACCUCUACAGUCUCAACAGUAGAUGAAGAAGUGCCAACUCCACACUCCUAUCUAAGUACAUCUCCUCAGGAAACAACAGUGGCAAUUUCCAAGACUCACUGGACACAAGGCAUAGGGACCACUGGAGAUAUUCAUGUCAGCAGAAGCUCCAAUGUAACCCAAACCGUCAAAACAGUUACAUCUGCAUCUCCUUCAUCCUUACGAAGUGAACACACAUCUCAACAAACUAUAACAUCAAGCCCAGCGAGGCAGUCAACACCACUCUCUAGCAGCACCUCUUCUCAAGAAUCAUCAGUUGUUUCCCAGAUAGGUCAUACUCAAGGUCCACGGACCACACAAGAAUCCCAAACCACAAGUUUAAUCUUCCCCAUGACAGACACAAUCAAGACAGUCACAUCUGCAACUUCUCCUUUCAAAUCAAGUGGACAUUUGCCCUCAGAAAAUGUUCCUCAGGAUACACCCACCACAGGUGAAGUUACAACCUUCACACCAGCACCCUCAAUGGACAGCCACACAACUCAGGUCGCUACCACUACCACAGAACUAUGGACAUCAGCAACCAGUGCUGACACCAGCCCGGGAACAUUAAGAGGCACGUCACUUUCCAUUAAAAGCACCACUUUUCAGAGCUCUGUCGUUUCAACAACACUAGGCCCAAGAGGACAAUCAACAUCCCUUGCUUCUAGUGCCUCACCUGACACAUCAGCCAUUUCCCAAACCCACCAGACACAAAGCACAGUGACCACUGGAGAACCACAUACCAACACACCAGCCUCCUUGGUAACAGAUACCACCUUUUUGGCAGACACCAUCUUGGUGGGCACAGCUACAGCUUCUUCAUCUACAGCAAGCAGCCAAACAACUUUAGGAAGUGCUUUCCCGGGAAUGUCCACCUCAGAUAAGAUCAAGAGUUUCUCACCAACUUUCUCCAGGGAAAACCACAUAACUCAAUCUAAAACUGAAUUGUUGUCCUCUGCAGCAAGUCAUGACACUACUCCAGGAACCAUGGAAUUGGUGUCCAUUAUUGUCCCCAACACCUCUCAAGAAAUAUCAGCUGUUUCCCAGAAGGCUCAGACUCAAAUUAUAGGAAGCACCAGAGGAUCUGAAGCCAUAAGCUCAGUCUCCCAGGUGACUGACACCUUCUCAACAGUUACACCUCCACCUCCUUCAUCUACACCAAAUGUGCGCAUGUUACCAAAAACCACUGCCCACACUCUGUCAUCUUCAGACACCAGCACAACACUAAUCUCCAACCCAGUUAGAGAUAGCCACAGAACCCAAACAGCAAUGCCAACUUUGUUAUCUGGGGCAACUGAAGAGCCGACUACUGUUGUCUCUACCACCCUGAGUGAUGUAGCCUCUCAUUCUCCUUCUACAGUUUUGGUCACAAGUGAAGUCCAGAGAACAGCUCCAAGCUCAGCCCUCCAUAAAAACAUGACUGCAGUGACCAUUUCCCCUAUGGGUUCUGUCAGUAACUCCAUGACAAAUACCAUGCAAGUCCCAACUUCCUCAGUGGGUGAGUCAAGCUCACCCAUUUCUGAACAUCCUGCAACUGUUCAAACAGUAGCUUCUACUACUAACCCUACUACAAGGCCAAUGUAUAUGAGUUCCAAGAGUAAUCAUAACAGUGUUGCUGGAUCCAUACCAACUUUGUCAUUUCAACCUACAACAUAUUCUUCAAUCAAGACCACUCCUGAUACUUCUUCAGUGUCUAAGUAUUCUAAGAGUCCAUUGCCUACUCUUCAGCCAUCCACAGACUAUGCCUUCUCUGACUUUACUUCCUCUGGUAAUAUGGGCACAGCUCAGACCAUAUCAAGUUUCUAUACUUCAACCAGUGACUCUUCAUUCUCUCAAUCAGCCCCUGGCCCUGCAGUCACCUGGAGCUCCACCACUCUAUUCACAGGGCACUCUGCUCCUCUGUCUGUUACCAGCACUUUCCCACCAUCCACUGCAUCCUCAAGCUCCAUUGUGAAGACUCAGACACCAGGAACAAUCACAACUUCACUGAGGACAGGCAGCCAGAGAAGCACAACAUCACUACCACCAACAACCUCCCAGACCCUUACAACGUCCACUCCCAGCACAUCUACAAGCAAACAAUCAACUGCUGUCCCAGUCCCUAUCAAGCCCAAAAAAGGUGUUUCCCUCUUUCCCUAUGGACCAAGCGUUGGAGAUCAGGAGUUUGUCAGGAGGACUGUGGACUUCACCUCACCACUCUUCAAGCCCCAGAUUGGCUUCCCUCUUGGCUCCUCUCUCCGGGAUUACCUCUAUUUCACAGAUAAUGGCCAGAUCAUUUUCCCGGAGUCAGAGUACCAGAUUUUCUCCUACCCCAAUCCUCCCCUUAGAGGCUUCACAGGCUGGGACCCUGUGGCCCUGGUGGCUCCAUUCUGGGAUGAUGCUGAUUUUUCCGGCAGCCAUGGAACCAUAUUUUACCAGGAAUAUGAGACACUCUAUAAUGAACACAACCUGCUAGUCUGGCAGGUGGAGUCUUGGAUUAAAAAGUUCGCACACAUCCGGAACUACAAAGCCAGGUGGACCCUAAAAGUCACAUGGGUCAGUGCCCCUGCCUAUCCUGCCCAGUGGACCUUUGGGACCAACACCUACCAGGCCAUCCUCUCCACAGACGGGAGCAGGUCCUACGCCCUGUUUCUCUACCAAAGUGGUGGUAUGCAGUGGGAUGUGACCCAGCGCCCAGGCAACCCAGUCCUCAUGGGCUUCUCCAGUGGAGAUGGGUAUUUUGAAAACAGCCCACUGACAUUCCAGCCAGUGUGGGAGAAGUAUCAUCCAGACCAAUUCCUGAAUUCCAACUCAGGUCUCCAGGGCCUGCAGGUCUAUAGGCUACACAGGGGAGAAAGGCCCAACUACCGUCUCAGGUGCCUGCAGUGGUUGAAUAGACAGCCCCAGUGGCCCCAAUGGGGCUGGAACCAGGUGUCCUGCCCUUGCUCCUGGCAGCAGGGACUGUGGGACUUACGAUUCCAGCCCAUCAGCAUAGGCUGGUGGGGCCUCGGCAGCAGGCAGCUGUGCCGUGUUUCCUCCUGGCGUGGAGGCGUGUGCUGCAGCUACGGGCCCUGGGGAGAGCUUCUCCAGGGCUGGACAGUGAGCACUCCUUGGCAGUUUGACCAAGAACUGGAGCCAUGGGACUGGUGCUGCCGUGGGACCGACAAGCCCUCCUUCUGUGCCCUGUACCAGCAGAGGCGGCCCCGCAUCGGCUGUGCUGGGUACCGUCCCCCAAGGCCUGCCUGGAUGUUUGGGGAUCCCCACAUCACCACCUUGGAUGGUGCCAAUUACACCUUCAACGGACUGGGGGACUUCCUGCUGGUCCGGGCCUGGGACAGAAACUCCUCCUUCCUGCUGCAGGGCCGCACUGCCCAGACCAGCUCAGCCCAGGCCACCAACUUCAUUGCGUUUGCAGCUAAAUACAACACCAGCAGCCUGAACCCCAUCACAGUUCGAUGGCUCCUCAAGCCGAAUGACACAAUCCAUGUGCAGGUCAAUGACCAGACUGUGACAUUUGAGACUAACCAUGAAGACCCAGAAGGCCAGGAGAUAUUCAACACCACCGGCAUUGUAAUGACCCGCAAUGGCUCCCUCGUGUCAGCCAGCUUCGAUGGGACCGUGACCAUCUCCGUGACCGCCCUUUCCAACAUCCUCCAUGCCUCCUGCAGUCUCCCAGAGGAGUAUCGAAACAGCACAGAGGGCCUCCUGGGAGUCUGGAACGACAAUCCAGAUGAUGACUUCAGGAUGCCCAAUGGCUCCACCAUUCUCAACAAAAGCGAUGAGUGGCAGCUUUAUCAAUUUGGAAUGACCUGGAAAAUCAAUGAUACGAGACUCCUUGGCAAGAGAGACAAUCCUCUGCCUUCCAACUUCACCCCUGUCUUCCUUUUCCAACUGAAGAACAACAGCUCGGGUGAAAAUCUGGUCUCUGAGUGUAAUGGAGAUGAGAAGUGCAUUUAUGACAGCCUGGCCACAGGAAACACAAGCACCGGCCUGAACACUAAGAUGCUCUUUAGCAGAUACCAGCUGAUGAACGCCACCCUCAGUAAGUACCCACCUUCUAUCGAGGGUGAGCAUGUGGUGGAAGCCUAUCUGGGGCAGACCAAGCUGACUCAGUACACCAGCAGUUCUGAGAAUGUCAUAUUCACCCUAAGAAACAGCAACACUGACUUCAAGCUCUUUGAGAAUGGGACAUUGCUAUGGACACCAAAGUUGUUGGAACCAUUCACUCUGGAGAUUCUAGCAAGAAAUGCCAAAGUCAACUUGUCAUCUGUACUCCAGCCAAAAACAGUGGUCUGUGCCUGCAGGGAAGAGAGCCAGUGUUUAUACAACCAGACCAGCUGGGUGGGCAAUUCCUCCCUGGAGGUGGCCGGCUGCAAGUGUGAUGGGAACAGCUUUGGCCCCUACUGCAAACGCUCCAGGGACCCCUGUGAGGAGCCAUGCUUCCCGAAUGUAAAGUGCAUUCCUGGGGAGGGCUGCGAGGCCUGCCCCCAAAACCUGACUGGGGAUGGGCGUCAUUGUGCAGCUCUGGAGAACUCUCUCCUCUGUCAGAACGUGUCCUGCCCUGUGAAUUACUGCUACAACCAGGGCCACUGCUACAUCUCCCAGACGCCAGACUGCCAUCCCACUUGCACCUGUCCCCCAGCCUUCACUGACACCCGCUGCUUUGUGGCUGGGAACAAUUUCACUCCAACCAUCCAUCAAGAUCUUCCCAUAAGAAUCAUCCAGCUCUCACUCAGGGAAGGAGAAAAUGCCACCAUGACAGAUGUCAAUGCCUCGGUGGCCUACAGACUGGGGAAGCUGGAUGUGCGGGCUUUUCUCCAGAACAGCCAAGUGGUACCAAUCAAUUCUGGGGCAACACAGGCCUCAGGAAGAAACCUUCAACGCUGGAGUGUCAUCUCGGAGUUCCAGUACCUCCCUCGGGGUCCUGUUAUCGACUUCCUAAACACCAAGCUGCUGGAUGCAGUGGUAGAGGCAUUCUUACCCCAGGCCUCAUGGAGGAGAUGGAACAGAAGUGAGGGGCCCAGGACCAACGUGAACUUCCAUUCCAUCUCCAGGGAAGAUGUGUACAGUGUGAAGGCUUUGAACGUGAGCAUGCUGAAGACUUACUUCAAAUGCAAUGGCUACAAGGGUUACCACCUGGUCUACAGCCCCCACAGUGGCCUGACCUGUGUGUCCCCGUGCAGUGAGGGCUACUGUGAGCACGGAGGCCAGUGCCAGCACCUGCCCCAAGGGCCCCGUUGCAGCUGUGUGCCCUUCUCCAUCUACACGCCCUGGGGCGAACGCUGUGAGCACCUGAGCAUGAAGCUUGGCGCCUUCUUCGGGAUCCUCUUUGGAGCGCUGGGAGCCCUCUUGCUGCUGGGGGCGGUGGUGUUUGUGGUCCUGCGCUUCUGGUGCUACCCCAGGAACCAGUACUCCUACCCUCUGGACACAGAAAGCUGAGGCCUCACCCCAAAGGGGUAGCUGGGGCCUAAGAUACUUCAGGACCCACCCCAGCCUCACCCACGUAUUGACCAGUACCUUGGCUUUGAGGAGACUGGGAAAAGGAAGGUGCCUGAAGGUGAUUCAGGAUUCCUCAAGGGAAUGAGUAAUAAUAAAGACAAUAGCACACCUUUUCAGUAGACACAGAGGCAGACAGAAAGGGCCAUAAAGACCACCUACUUAAAGGAUGGAUUCUUACACAUACAUACCUGCAAGAAGGACACUGACUUACAUACACACACAUCAGAGUUAAUAAUGUCUCAGUUAAAAUCCAAAAUGCAUUUGUAUACAAAACUCCAAUUUACUUCUAAUUAAAGUCUAUUUAAGUAAAA